ACCGUAGUGUCGAUUGCCGAGUGAUGUUUGUUGUCAUUACGGUUCACUUUAACGUUUAGGUGAAGCCUUCAAAGUGCUUUAAAGGCGACUGGUUUAAUAUCACCGAGUUUAAGGACUGCAUCAGUCCGUUUUAUUUUCGUCAAAAGGUGGUCUAAUAAAACGCGCAGACCCAUGGUGACCCAUAUGGACCCCACGUCUAAGUCUGGAUUGAAUCAGGUGUCAGAUGUGGUUUUUGUCAUAGAAGGAACUGCAAAUCUUGGUCCAUAUUUUGAAUCGCUUCGAAAUAAUUACAUACUACCAACAAUAGAGUAUUUUAAUGGAGGACCACCCGCUGAAACAGAUUUUGGAGGAGAUUAUGGUGGUACACAGUAUGGACUGGUGGUCUUCAGCACAGUGGAUUGUGCCCCAGAGUCUUACGUUCAGUGCCACGCUCCAACCAGCUCUGCUUUUGAGUUUGUCUCCUGGAUUGACAGCAUUCAGUUCAUGGGAGGCGGAGCAGAAAGCUGCAGUCUCAUAGCCGAGGGCCUUUCCGUGGCCCUUCAGCUUUUUGAUGACUUUAAAAAGAUGAGGGAGCAAAUCGGGCAGACUCACAAGGUUUGUGUAUUGCUGUGUAAUUCUCCUCCCUACUUACUACCGGCUGUGGAGAGCGUCAGCUACACAGGCUGCACUGCAGACAGCCUGGUCCAGAUCAUACGUGAUCGGGGGAUCCAGUUCUCCGUAAUUGCCCCACGGAAACUUCCAGCGCUACGAUCUCUUUUUGAACGAGCCUCCUCGGUAACAGGGCCACCAGAAUCUGCACAUCCGGACUACAGCCAAGAUCCCUUUCACAUGGUUUUAGUUAGGGGCAUUGCACUUCCUGUUGGUCCUGGAGGAGGUUCUGGAACAGUUUCCCUUAAACCUGUCCUGCCACCCCCGUCUCUGACUGUGUCUCAGUCUCUGGUACCUCCAACCCAAGCUACUCCACCAAUAAGCACAUCCCUGCCAUACCAGAGUAACCCCUCUCUAAGCGCGGCCCAUAAUGCAGCACAGAUGGCUCUUGUUGCCAGUCAGCAGCAGAAGAUUCGAUUCCCACAAAUAGCAAAUCCUCCCUUCAGUCAGUCCGCAGUGCUUCAGUCUGCAGAAGGUAAACCCAGUCUGUCUACAGUAACAACAGUGUCACCACCAGUGUUAACACAGCAACAAGUUCCACCUCAGCAGCAACCACAAGUUCAACCCCCAGGCCCGCCCGCACCCAAUCAACAGCCACCUCAGGCCCCUCAGCCGCAGCCCACCAAUCAGCAGACGCCACCUCCAUCUCAGCCUGGCAUGCCUGCUGUACCUGCACCUCAGGCUGGAGCGCAGCAGGGUGUCGCCAACAAAAUCGUGGCGUGGAGUGGAGUUCUAGAAUGGCAAGAGAAGCCCAAGGCUUCGUCCAUGGACUCCAAUACCAAACUGACACGCUCUCUGCCCUGCCAGGUCCAAGUUAGUCAAGGGGAGAAUCUAAACACAGACCAGUGGCCACAGAAACUGAUCAUGCAGCUCAUCCCUCAGCAGCUUUUGACUACUCUUGGUCCUCUGUUCAGAAACUCACGUAUGGUGCAGUUUCUCUUCACCAAUAAAGAUGUGGAGUCUUUGAAGGGGCUGUAUCGCAUUAUGGCCAAUGGAUUUGCUGGCUGUGUACACUUCCCCCACAGUGCGCCGUGUGAGGUGCGGGUGCUGAUGUUGCUCUACUCGUCUAGGAAGAGGAUCUUCAUGGGGCUGAUUCCUAAUGACCAGAGCGGAUUUGUUAACGGCAUUCGGCAGGUCAUCACCAACCACAAACAAGUGCAGCAGCACCGCUCCAUGAGCAACGCAGCUCAGAUGCAACCUGGACAGGUCCCACCCAAUCAGAACUUCCUCAACAGACCUCCGGGUCCCGUCACGCACGGCAACGUGCAACAGCAGUCUGUGGUGGUGGGCUUACCCUCCGUCAGUCAAGUCACACUGAUGGAGGACCAGCAGAGACAAAACAACAUGAUGAGAGCGGUCGCCACGGGCAAUCAGCAGCCACCCGUCACUGGUCCCCUACCCAAUCAAGUGACACAAGGUCAAGCCCAGGCUCCCGGCGGCAUGCUCCGCCUCCCAAACCCAGGAGCCAAUCCCCAACUCCGUAGCCUCCUACUAAGCCAACAGCAGCCUCAGGGUGGGCUGCAGGGCAUGCACCCCAUCCAGCAGAUGGGUCAUCCAGCUCCAGGAGGGGUCGCUCAGAUGCAGCCCCAGUGGAGGCAGCCUCACCAAGGUCCAAUGAUGAUGCCUACAGGUCCUCGGGGUCCAGUCUCACAGAACCCUGGGAUGCCACUGGUGUCCAGCGUCAUGGAGGAUGAAAUUCUCAUGGACCUUAUUUAAGGAUGAAAUUUCUCAUCAGUCUUUGCUUCAGAGGUUUCAUUACAGAACACAAGAAGUCAUUUUACGUUUUGUUUGACGCAUAAGGGAAGAAUAGAGGUAUUUAGGCGUGAUAAAGGAGACGUAUUUUCAUACUCAUGUAUUCACCAAUAUAUUUACACACAAACACAUUUAUCACUGAGUCCUGUGGGCGGUAAUGUUAUUGUUCAUUCAGUCUGUGCGAGUGUAGGGCUGAGAAUGUUGCAAAACCAGGCCUCGUUUCAUCGCUCUCUAACAAUACGAUGCCUCAUUCAGCCCGAUAAAAUUAAUCGAUCAGGUUAUUAUUGUAUUUUUAUGAAAGUUUUACUUUCUAUAGAUUUUACUUUUCUUAAUUUGUCUUUCCAAGUCUCAACUACGUUGUUUUAUGAAGCUGAAAUAAAGUUAAUUUUGUCAAGCAA